AUGUUUCUUAAUCAAACUACUUACUCAGUUGGUACUAAUCCAUAUUCAGUAUCAGUCGCUGAUGUGAAUAGCGACAAUAAACCCGAUAUUGUUGUUGCAAACUGGAAUUCGAAAAACGUCGGUGUUCUUCUCAACACAGGCAUCGGCACCUUUAAUGCUCAAACUACUUACGCAGUUGGUAACAAUCCAUACUCAGUAGCAGUCGUCGAUGUGAAUAGUGACAAUAAACCCGAUAUUGUUGUUACAAACCAGGGUUCGUAUACUGUCAGCGUUCUUCUCAACUCAGGUAGCGGUACCUUUAAUAGUCAAGCUACUUACCCAGUUAACGCUCAGCCAACUCUAGUAGCAGUCGUCGAUGUAAAUAGCGACAAUAAACCUGAUAUUGUUGUUGCAAACUAUGGUUCGAAUAACGUUGGUGUUCUUCUCAACACAGGCAUCGGCACCUUUAAUGCUGAAACUACUUACGCAGUUGGUAGCAACCCAUACUCAGUAGCAGUCGUCGAUGUAAAUAGCGAUUAUAAACCCGAUAUUGUUGUUGCAAACUGGGGUUCGAACAACGUCGGUGUUCUUCUCAAUGCAGGCAAUGGCAUCUUUAAUGCUCAGACUACUUACGCAGUUGGUAGUCAGCCAUGGUCAGUAGCAGUCGUCGAUAUGAAUAGCGACAAUAAACCCGAUAUUGUUGUUGCAAACUUUAAUUCAAACAACGUCGGUAUCCUUCUCAACACAAGGAGCGACACCUUUAAUGCGCAAACUACUUACGCAGUUGGCAGUGGUUCAGUUUCAAUGGCAGUCGUCGAUGUGAAUGGCGACAAUAAACCCGAUAUUGUUGUUGCAAACUGGGGUUCGAAAAACGUCGGUGUUCUUCUCAACACAGGCAGCGGCACCUUUAAUGCUCAAACUACUUACGCAGUAGGUAACAAGCCAUACUCAGUAGCAGUUGUCGAUGUGAAUAGCGACAAUAAACUCGAUAUUAUUGUUGCAAACUCUAAUUCGAACAACGUCGGCGUUCUCUUGCAUUGUUAA